GCCGCGCCGGUUCACGCUUUGCCCUCGCGUCUCUCCGCUCCCUCGACCCUCGACAGCGGUGGCUUUGGUAGACCUCGCCUCCGACGGCUCCAACGAACGCCCAGUAAAGCGCGAAAGCUCGUUGAGGGAGCGUCGUGGAACAUUACUCUGACAGAGGCAUCAGCGACAGUCGAUUAAAAAAAAAAGAGAGAGAGAGAGAGAUAGAGAGAGAACCGGAAGAGAGGAGACUUGUAGAGCGACAUAUCGCAAAUAAGUAGAUUCGGCGGACCGAUUGAACAGCGUCGUCGCGAGGACGAGCGAGAAACGAGAAGAGAGCUUGCGAGAGAACAAAGAUAGUACGCGACAGGGAGAAAGGAGCGAGUACACGCUGAGAAGAGCGACAAAAGGAGAGGACAGCAGGGACCGGUCCCGGAAGUGGAAGAGCAGAGGUCGACGGGGAGGUAGAAGGGGUGCGAGUGGACGAGGACGACGAAGGACGCGAGGACAGCAGCUGCGUAAGGAGCGAACGGCGGUGGUUGCACUGAAAAGUAGCGGCGUGGUGUCAUGAGAGGCGGUCUCACGAUCCGCCCUUCUUAUCGGUCCCUCCAAGAGUCAUGCAUGUCGCGCCCCUCAAACGAGCUACCGUGGGACAUGAUCCGCAGACGAGCAACGGCGGUCAGCCGCAACUGCAGCAACAGCAACUACAAUUGGGGGGUUGGCUGGGAGGAAGUGCCGGUGACACUGGCGGUGGAUUGGUCUGCCGAUCUGGCAAAUCGGUCAACGGCAGCAGCAACGGCAAACCGUCGUUACACCAUCCUCAACAACAGCGUCAACAGCAACAGCAGCAGCAGCAACAACAACAAGGCCAAUCUGGGGGUGUGGGGGAUGACGAAGACGGGGGUGGAGGGAGCGGAGGGCUGGAGGGGACGGACGCAGAGGCGAACGACGCUGUUCACCUCAAGAGACGGGUGGGACUCGUCAGUGGGGUGGCUCUAAUCGUCGGCACGAUGAUCGGCUCCGGGAUCUUCGUGUCGCCGUCGGGUCUGCUGUUGCGUACCGGCAGCGUCGGCAUCAGUUUUGUCGUGUGGACCGCGUGCGGUCUGCUGAGCCUCUGCGGCGCUCUCGCCUAUGCCGAGCUGGGCACCAUGAACACGAGCAGCGGCGCCGAGUACGCGUACUUCAUGGACGCGUUCGGCGCCCCGCCUGCCUUCCUCUUCUCCUGGGUGUCCACCCUGGUGCUCAAGCCGUCGCAGAUGGCGAUUAUCUGUCUGUCGUUCGCCCAGUACACCGUCGAGGCGUUCACCGUCGACUGCGAGCCACCUGACCAAGUGGUCAAGAUCGUCGCCCUGCUGGCGAUCGUUCUGAUACUCCUGAUUAACUGCUACAGCGUUAACCUGGCCACCGGUGUGCAAAACGCUUUCACCGCCGCCAAACUAAUGGCCAUACUCGUGGUGAUAAUCGGCGGCUCGUACAAAUUGAUACAGGGUAACACACAGCAUCUGCAAAUGGCGUUUGACACCAUCGAUGGUAGUAGCAUCAACAUCGGUCGCCUCGCCACCGCUUUCUACACCGGCCUCUGGGCAUACGACGGCUGGAACAAUCUUAAUUAUGUAACCGAGGAGAUCAAAAACCCUUCCAAGAAUUUGCCCAGAUCCAUCAUGAUCGGCAUACCGCUCGUCACGCUCUGCUACGCGCUAAUCAAUGUAUCCUAUCUAGCGGUCAUGUCACCGUCAGAAAUGAUUGAGAGCGAGGCCGUGGCGGUGACGUUCGGCAAUCGGAUUCUGGGCGUGAUGGCAUGGCUAAUGCCGCUCUCCGUAGCGAUCAGCACCUUCGGAUCCGCUAAUGGCACCCUGUUUGCUGCGGGUAGACUCUGCUUCGCCGCGUCACGAGAGGGUCAUCUGCUCGACUGCUUGAGCUACGUGCACGUGCGACGCUUUACUCCUGCCCCAGGCCUCAUCUUCCAUUCCCUCGUAGCAGGCGCGAUGGUUCUCUCCGGUAACAUCGAUUCGCUGAUUGACUUCUUCUCGUUUACUGCAUGGAUAUUCUACGGCGGCUCGAUGGUCGCCUUACUGGUGAUGCGGAAGACCAGGCCCAAUCAUCCGCGACCGUACAAAUGCCCACUAAUAAUACCUAUGCUCGUGCUCGUCAUCUCCGCGUAUCUCAUAGUGGCGCCGAUUAUUGACAAGCCCCAGAUCGAGUACCUGUACGCGGCUGGCUUUAUCGGUGCGGGCAUGCUCGUCUACCUCCCAUUCGUAAAAUUUGGAUAUGUGCCCAAAUUCAUGGAAGGUGUCAAUGCCUUCCUGCAGAUGUUACUAGAGGUGGCUCCAACUGCGGUUGCCUUCGACUGAUUUCAUUUCGAGAGAUCAAUGUACAGUUCUCCAGAAUGCCGAAUCAUUCCAUUAUGGCAUUGCGUGAACUGUAUGAACACCUGAAUAUAUCCUAUUUUAAAUACAUGCAGACGAGAGCAUUAUAUCCUAUAUAUUACAAAGCUCAAGGCUGGCCCCAAAAAAAAUUAAUAUAAAAAAAUCAUAUAAAAAAAGGCAUAUAUAUAUUAUAUAAAAAUAUAUUAUUUUAUUACUUGUUAUUCUUCAUACAUAGUAUACAACAUGCAGAAGAGAUAUUAUUGUUAGACAAUAGAUAGUUGAUGUUGUAAUGAAAAAGCGAUGAAUCAACAGAAAAUAUUUUAAA